CACAGCUGUUUGCAUGUUGUCUCAAAGACACACCUUCCUCUCUCAGCUCACUUUCUUCACCAAAAAAAUACACUUUCCCUGGAAAAAAAAGAAAAGAAAAAAAUCAUAAAAAUCAAAAGCAAAAGAAUCAAAAUCACACUCUCUCUCACUCCUCUUUUUUUCUUUUCUCACUAACCAAACACAAACUAACUCGCACUCUGUACAAAACCUUGGUCUGUCUUUACUUCUAAAAACCAUGACUUGAAAGACGGUUUUUCACUGAGUCAGAGUCAGAGUCAGAGAGACUGAGAGUCGAUGGGGGCGUCGCUGUCGAACUUGGCGGACGGGUCGUCGGGUUUGGAUUCGGGUCCCGGUCUAGGGGACAUACCGGAGAGUUGCGUGGCCUGCGUGUUUCUCUACCUGACUCCGCCGGAGAUUUGCAACCUCGCGAGGCUGAACCGCGCGUUUCGCGGCGCCGCGUCGUCGGACUCGGUGUGGGAGUCGAAGUUGCCGGCGAACUAUCAAGAUCUGCUUGAUCUGUUGCCGCCGGAGAGUUACAAGAGCUUGUCGAAGAAGGAUAUCUUCGCUCUGCUUUCUCGCCCUGUUCCAUUCCACGAUGGCACUAAGGAGGUGUGGCUGGACAGGGUUACAGGAAGGGUUUGCAUGGCGAUAUCGGCGAGAGGAUUGGCGAUAACCGGAAUCGAAGACCGGAGAUACUGGAAUUGGAUUCCUACUGAAGAAUCUAGGUUCAAUCUUGUGGCCUAUUUGCAGCAAAUAUGGUGGUUUGAAGUAGAUGGAGUGAUAAAGUUCCCCUUUCCUGCUGAUAGCUAUACUCUGUCAUUCAGGCUUCAUCUUGGAAGGUUUUCCAAAAGGCUGGGACGGCGUGUGUGUAGUUUUGAGCAUACCCAUGGUUGGGGUAUCAAGCCAGUACGAUUUGAGUUAUUUACUACGGAUGGUCAGCAGGCAUUAUGUGAGUGCUGUUUAGACGACACUGAACAUGAUGAAAUCAAUGGCUAUCAUAAGCGUGGAUGCUGGAUAGAUUACAAGGUUGGUGAAUUCAUUGUUACUGAGUCAGAUCCUGUGACUGAAGUCAGAUUUUCCAUGAAACAGAUAGAUUGCACACAUUCUAAAGGCGGGCUUUGUGUAGAUUCUGUAUUUAUUAUCCCCAGUGAUUUAAAAGACCGUAAAAGAAGAGGGGUUUUGAAGUAGCCGUAUACUCAAAAAGUGAAAUUGUUUAGUGAUGUCAGCGAUCCUAGAGGACUUAGAUGUGAUUUAUUAUACAGCUUAUACUUCUGAAGGCAUUUGUUUUGAGGAAUGUCAUCUUGGUAGGUUUUUGCAGUAGGUAUGUGUCCUCUAUGGUUAUGUAAUUCUAACUUGUCUGUUCCAGUUUUGUCUACUUUCUAUACCUUUGCAUACAAGAUUAAGCUCUUUCUGUAAGCAUUGUAACUUACUUAUGAUGCAUCUGAGGUAUAUGCCUCCCUGAAGCUUCAUUGAAGGCAGUGUUUUUGCUUUCAUUAUUUUA